CCUGCCCGGGCCUGACGGAUCUACCUCACUCGGUUGAACAUCAUCUCAAAGAUGUGAUCCAUACUGUCGGCCCAAUCGCCAGAGGAAAUGUGGGCCAGUUCCAAAGAGAUGACCUCGAAUCAUGCUACAAAUGCUCCCUCAAGCUGAUGAAGGACAAUACUUUGAGAUCUGUGGCCUUUCCAUGCAUAUCGACAGGAAUUUAUGGUUUUCCCAAUGAGCCGGCAGCAGAAAUCGCCCUGAAGACCGUGUGUGACUGGAUCCUAAGCAACCAAGAUAAGAUCGACCGUGUCAUAUUCUGCGUCUUUCUGGAGACAGAUUAUGAGAUUUACAAGAGGAAGAUGUCAGAUUUCUUCUCCCCAGAUAAUGACGACCAUAAGAAUGAAAAAGAUGGCAGUAUGGACCAAGAUGACAUGCAGCCCGUGGGAGAAGAGGAAAAAAAUGAUGCUGCUGAUAAAAAAGGUGAAAAGCAGGAUGAAGAAAUGAUGAGCCAGCAAGUGGGAUCCCAUAAGGAUGUGACGAUGGAUAGCCAGGAGCCAGAAGGCGAGAGCCCUGAUGCUGAAUCCAAGGACGAGGAGAUCAAACCUCCUGAAAAGGGAGACCAUAUAGUGGAGGCGAGUCCAACAGCAAAGAAGAAAGUUGAACAGGAGAGCGAAAAAGAGAUGGAGAAGAAAGAAGGCAAGGGAGAAGACCCGCAAGUUGCAGGGGAAGAGAAAGGGGGUAGCCCAGAAAAGAAGAUGCAGACAGGCCAGCCUGAUGAAGCGGGAAAACAGAUGGAAGACUCAACAAAGAGUGACGACACCGGGGCGGACACCAGUCAGGAACCUGAGGUUCCUAUGGAGAUUCAGGAUGCUGAUCAAAGUGUCACAGCAGCCAAUGAGAGCAACCCCACCAGCAGCACUAAAGAUGAUGUGAAAGCCCAGGAUAAGAGCUCACAAGAGCCCGACGCAACUCCACCAGACACCAGACCAAAUUCUGAAGAUGGCCAAGGUGACAAGAAUGCACGGGAAUGAGACGACAAUCAGCCUCAUAGGAACGAGUGCCGGCAAACUGUGUGAAGGCAAACAUCACACCAAUUUUGUCCCACGCCAGGGAGUCGCCCACAAACACUGGGAAAAGUGUUGACCCCCACUUCAUUCACCAUCUUUCCUUCUAUUCAACCUGUAUUUCCUUUCCGCUUCCUCAUAUUAAAAAUAAAUCAGAUAUAUAGCUAUAUAAAAAGGAUCAAAUGAGAGUGUGAACAUAUCAGAGAGAUUGCAGGGAUUGUGGAGCUAGAGGAGGGCUGCUAUACCUCACUGACAUGCUGCUUGAUCAAUCGUUUUUUUGUUGUUGUUGUAGUUGGUUUUUUUUCUCAAUAUGGCAUCCUGGUGCUGGAUUUGAACUGGUUUAAAUUAGGUAGAUUGGUCAAAACACAUCCUAAAAUCAUCCUGCCGCUUUUAGUUGCUCGCUGAUUUGUAAUACUUCUGACAAAGUGCAAAGCCAAGGCUGAAUUUUCUAUCCCGCAGAGCACUCAUAAUGCAAGAUUCAGACCAAAUAUGAUUGAAUUCCACAGCCCUGUCCACCGAUUAAGAUUUCUUUCAACACCAAGAUGGCUGUAAAUGUCCAUUUGUGUGUGAAUGAGUGUGCGUAUAUACCGAUGAUGUCACUUUAAAGAGGUUUUCGCUUUGUGUGUUAGCUUCAGAACCAAGUCAGGUCAAACGAGGAGAACAUCGCUUGAUUCUAAUCUCCUAUCGAGUGGUGACAUUCCUCCCUACUGCACGCUAUAUAACAAAGGCGUUUGUGCGCUCCUCUGCUUUGAAACGACACGUCACGCUCGCAGAGCCCCCCUUUAAUCUCUCCAACGAGCAUUGAUCAGGUUUCAUCUUCAAAGCUGCUCUGACUACUGCGAAUGCCUGU